AUGGAUGCACUUGGGGGCACCGUCGACGCUAAUCUGGCCGCUACAGAUUUUUCUAGUGCAGAUACGAUCUUCGAGGACGAUGAUUUGUAUCAUUGGACGUGUUGGUGGAAGAGUUGUAACCAUGGUAGGCAGACCAACCUGUGGGGUCUGGGUUAA